GGGGCGCGGGCAGCCCCGCACGGCCCCGCACGGCCCCGCACGGCCCCGAGGAGACGCGCCCCGGCAGCCCCAGCCCGGCGGAGGGGAGGGGUGAGCGCUCGCCAUGCCGCUGGUGAAGAGGAACAUCGAGCCCCGGCACCUGUGCCGCGGGGCGCUGCCCGAUGGGGUCACCAGCGAGCUGGAGUGUGUCACCAACAGCACCCUGGCUGCCAUCAUCAAACAGCUGGGCAGCCUCAGCAGGCACGCAGAGGACAUCUUUGGAGAGCUGUUCAACGAGGCCAACAGCUUCUACAUGAGGAUGAACUCGCUGCAGGAGAGGGUGGACCUGCUGGUCAUCAAGGUGACACAGCUGGACUCCACCGUGGAGGAAGUUUCUCUGCAGGACAUCAACAUGAGGAAAGCCUUCAAGAGCUCCACGGUGCAGAACCAGCAGGUCGUGUCCCGCAACUCCAUCCCCAACCCGGUGAUGGAGAUGUACCAGCGCUGCGACAAGCCCCCGCCCCUCAACAUCCUCACACCCUACAGGGAUGACAAGAAGGACGGCCUCAAAUUCUACACCGACCCCUCCUACUUCUUCAACUUAUGGAAGGAGAAGAUGCUGCAGGCGACAGAAGACAAGAGGAAGGAGAAGCGCAGGCAGAAGGAGCAGCGGCUGGUGGAGGACUCCACCCGGGAGGUGAAGAAAGUGAGGAAAGCGCGCAACCGGCGCCUGGAGUGGAACAUGAUGGCGUAUGAUAAAGAGUUCCGGCCGGAUAACAGGUUCUCACCAUCCCCCUAUCACAUGGCCUCAUCGGAAGGAUCACUGUCCCCUGAUAAUAGAUCCUACGCCUCGGACGCUGCCGACCAUUCCUACCCGGCCAGCCCCAACCACCCUGCCCAGCUGCUGGCCCCUGCAGCCCACCUGGCCCCAGCAGAGCACAAGGAGGGGGUGCUGGCUGCCACCAACCCCCCCGAGCACGUGUUCCGGCCGGCCACGGGCAGCAGGCAGAACAGCCUGACCCGGCUGCAGCAGCCCCACGCGCCGCCGCCCGCCGAGGCCGUGCUCAACGGGCCCAGGCCACACCUGGUCAAGGAUUACGGCCCGCAGCCGGUGCCCAUGGCCGAGUACUUCGUCCCUCCAGCCCCGCCGCCGCCGCCGCCCGUCAUCCCGUCGGCGCAGACCGCCUUCGACAGCCCCAUCUCGGCUCCCCCCGCGCUGGCCCCCGGCUCGGCCGCGCCUCCAUCCUACACCCCCUCGCCGCCCCCCGCUCCCCCCGGGCCCUACUCGGCCUCCCCGCCGCAGCCCGGCCCCAUGGGACCCCCGGUGGCGCCGCCGCCGCCGCCGCCCGGGCCGCCCGCCGUGUCCGCGUCCCCCGCGCACUCCGCGUCGCCGCCCGCGGCCGCGCCCGAGCCGCGCAAGGUCCCGAUGAUGCCCAUGAGCGACGCCCGCAGCGACCUGCUGGCGGCCAUCCGCAGGGGGAUCCAGCUGCGGAAGGUGCAGGAGCAGUGGGAGCAGGAGGCCAAGAAGGAGCCCGUGGGCAACGACGUGGCCACCAUCCUGUCGCGCCGCAUCGCCGUGGAGUACAGCGAGUCGGACGACGACUCGGAGCUGGACGAGAACGAGUGGUCGGACUGAGGGCCCCGGGCUGGGCUGGCUCAGGGCUCCCAGCUCUGCUCCAGGUGUGUCCAGGCACCUUCCCCGCUCGGUCAGGAGCUUUGCUUUUACACUAUGUCAGAAAAAAAACCCCCUCGGGCAGCAGCGGCAGUGGUAGGGUACGCCAGUGAGGCCGAAAUGAGCAGCAGCUUCUCAGUUAAUGACUUCCACGAUUCUCUGAAGGCAGGUUAAUAGGGUUACAACAGGUUUGCACCUGGAGCAAGAGAGGAGACUGGCCCUGAGUGUGCUUUGAGAGAGAAGGGAGCCCCAGAGGCAGCAGUGCUUCUUCAGCAAAUGUUAAUUGUGAUAACGAGAAGGAGCCUUGUUUGCACAGCUGGUGCCACCACUGGAGCCCCUGUGGGCUUGGGGACAUCCUGCUGCUGCUGCUGCUUUUGGGGUCAGGCAGCUCCAAAGGCUGGAGCUUCCCUCCAGAGCAACACACCACGUUUAGCAGCAGUUACACCACUGUGCUGUUGCUCCUUGGAAAAUCAUGGAAUGCUUUGGGUUGGAGGGCACCUUUAAAGAGCUUCCUUCCACCUCCCACCAGAGCAGGAUGCAUGAGCAGCCCGAGGUGUUGGUGAGCUCAGCCUGUAUCCACCCUCAGAGCUGGUUUUCUGGGAGCAAAGGGAGGAAGCAAGGCUGCUGUGGCUGGCAGGGGGACACAGAAAGUGUCCAGGAAAGUCCAGAAAGGAGCAGAGGUGUCCAGGGAGUUCCCCAAGCCCCAGCUCUCCUUGGCCUUAGUGUGACACCAUUGCAGUGUUAUUUGAGAAGAAGUGAAUCAGACAAUCUGCUGCUUUCAGGUAAACUCUCAACUUGCACUUUGCAGCCCCACAAACUGUGCCUGUACAAUUGGGAUCAGCUCAGAGCCAGGCACUGAUUCCCCCUACCCGAUCCUGCUCUGCCCCCUGUCCCACACUGAUGGAGGAGCUGGGGAACCAGGCCCCCAUUUCAGCACUGAAAAUACCUGUAUUCCCAUCAAAACAGAGUUUGGAAGUCCAUGGAAGACAUUUCACUGAGCUACAAAGGGAGGAGGCACAGAGGAAGGCAGAGCAAAGGGGUGGAAAAUACUGAAAAUAUUACAGACAGGUGUGAAAACCUGCAGAGAGCUGGGAGAGGUUCCCCACCUGUGGAAAAUGGGCCAGUGCCAUUGGUGGUUUGGCCAGUGUGAUGUCCCCAGAUCCUCUCUUUUGUUCCCCUGUACCACAAGUCCCUGAGCUCUGUGCCCAAUUCCCUGCCUCUCCCAGCACCCCUCUACGUGAUGGCUACUUCAGCAGAAUUUUGAUUAUGUAGAAGCAGCCAGACCUGUAAAAGAGGGGAGAGAAUGGCUGAGACCCAAAUGCUGACCCUUAAAUUCGCAAAAUCCUAGAGUGGCUUGGGAUAAAAGGGGCAUUAAACACCAUCCCAUUCCAACCCCCUGCCAAAGGCACCUUCCACCAUCCCAGGCUGAUGAUUUCCUGGGAGAUGCUGGUGUUGAGCAGUGUCCCAAACAUCUGCUCAUUUGCCCCCAGUGACAAACCCCCCGUGGCCAGAUGUGGUGAAUGCUCUGCCCAGCUGCUGGGAAAUGCCCUCAGGUGGCACAAAAUGGUCUCUUGUCCCUUGGAUGUGACACCUUCCACCCCUCCACACCUGGGCUGGGAGCUGUGGUGGGCUUGAGCAGGGGUGCAAAAUGGAUUUAGGAUGUGAGAGAGGGCAAGGCAAGAAGCCAGCAGAGCAAUGCUCAUGGAAUAACAUGGAAUAACUCAUCUGCAAAACCCCAGAGGAGGAGGGAGACACCAAACCCAGGAAAUUCCUGGUGCUCACUGAGAGCUCUUGGUUCUGAUGUUGACCCUCUGAGAUGCAGGGAAAGGGCUGCAAGGGGUUUUUGCAGAGAUCCCCUGCAAUGCCCAGGACCUGCUUUCCUUGGGAAGGCAGCAGGGUUUGGCCUGGAGCAGGUUCAGAAGGGAGCAGUGUGAAAAUUCAGGGCAACACUUAAGGUGGAGUUUCUGCUGGAGUGCUAUUAAUACAGACACAAUCACAAAACUGCUUGUAAAUGAAGAGAAAUUUGGUUUAUUUAGGUAAUUUAGGAGGGGUAACACCCCUGUGUGACAGAGAGGAAAUAGCAGGGGCUGGGGGAGCUGCUCUGUCUGUUACAGAGGGCCAGGGGCUGCAGAGUCACUGAGGGCACCCAGCAGGAAAGGGCUCAGGGACACACAGGGCUGGCUCAUCCCUUGGCUCUGUGACUGUCCCAGUUCUGCAGAGCUGAGCCAGUCCUGGUGGGAGCUGGAGAGCAGCCCAGUGCCCCUAAAAAUCCAGUUCCUUCUUUUCAUGCACCAGUUGCUUGGUGUGUCACAUGGGACGUGGUAACUGGGACAGGACUCCCCAGGUCAGGGCUGUCCCUGUCACCUCCCAGCACCUCUGCUGGGGCUGGCAGCUGGCAGCAAAAGUGCUUGACAAUCACAGGAAGGUUGGAAGGGACCCUCAAGGUCAUUCAGGUCACUCAGGCCUUGGCAGCCCUGCAGGGCAGGUGCACAUCUGGCAGCCCCAGGGGGGCAGGAAAAGCUCAGCCCCAUUUCCUCACACCUUUAGGUUCUUACACCAGGUCCCCACUGGGCAUCCCAGCAAUGCCAGCACACCCUGACCAUCCUGUUCUGUGGAAGGAAACCCCUGGGAACACAAACCCAGCUCACAUUCCCCAAACUGCCAAGCCAGCCAGCAGCACCAUGACCUCCCAGCUGGCUGGGAACACCACAGUCCUCUUCUUCCAGGGACCAGAACUGCCCUGGAAACCCCUGAGCUGUCCUGGGAAACACCACAGUCCUCCUCUUCCAGGGUCCAGAACUGCCCUGGAAACCCCUGAGCUGUCCUGGUAGCAGGGGUGGGAUCCCCCAACCUCAUCCCAGAGAGGUGGAGCUGGUGGAGAAUUAACCUCAGGGUGGGUUUGGACACCCAUUCCUGGUCUGACCAUGGCACACCCAGCUCUUCCCCACCCUCCCAGCAGCAGCACAAGGCAGGGAAGCACCAGGAAUCCUCCAGGUGGGAAAAGAUCUCCAGGAUCCCCAAGCUGCAGCAUUAAUGUCCAUCCCAUGAGAGCCAUCCCACCCUCAGUGCCUUCACUUGAGGGACUGUCCUGGUUUGGAGGACAGGUGCCUGCCAAUAUAGGCAGGAACUUCUCUUUGGAAUGGAGAAUGUAAACUCCCCUCCCUCCAAAUUAUUAUUAUAAUUUUGAAAUUAAGGGGCUUUCAGGCAAAGAUAUGGGAAUUAGGAAGAACAGCUCUUUACUAGGAAAAUUAAAAUAGAAAUACAGUAUUACACAGAACAAUCCCAAACCCUGCCAGAGUCAGAAUCCAAGCUGACACCCGUCAGUCAGUCAGGGUGUUGGCACAGUCCCAUUCAAUGGUGGCUGCAUCCUCCUGCAGGGGCAGAUGUGGUUCAGCUGGAGCAGUGCUCCUGGAGAAGGUGCAGUUUCCUCUGAAGCUCCAGGGAUGAUGUGGAAAGGUCUGGCUUUCCUCUGGAAUCCAGUGGAAAGAAGGUGCCUUGGUGUCCAAAAUGUCAGUUUUUAUCUGGGUAGGAAAGGCUUGGCUCCUCCCCUGGCUGGAGCAUCUCCCAGUGGGAUGAUGGAAUUUUAUCAGUCAUGCCCUGGGACUCACUGGCCAUGAACAGGAGAUAUCUCCUGGAGGGAGGAUGGGCUGUGGGAAGAUAAAGAUGAUUGCCCAGCUGGUUUAAAGAUGGCCCAUGAGCAGAUAAUGUGUGCCAGGAGAUCAGGGGCACUGCCCCAGCUGGGUUAACAGAUGGGGACAGAAUCCACAUUUCUGUCACAUCCUGUGUUGCAGCCCAAGGCAGGGACUCAGCCAAGCUUGACCACCUUUAUUUGAGGCAGAUUAACCUGGUUUUUGCUCAGGUGACCUUUGGAAUCCAACAGAAGUGACAGAAAAUCCUGGGCUGGUGCAGCUGGGAUUGUGCCACACUAAUUAACACUGUCUGUCUGUCUGUCUGUCUGCCCCACAUGCUGCACACUCCCUAUUUUGUACAUUUGUGCCUAUUUCUGUACAUCCUCCCCAAAGUAGGCCAUGCUGUGUUACACAACCUGAAAUGCUCAAAUCCUCAUGUGGGCUGAUAUAAAAGUGAAUAUUUAAAUAUUUUAUCUAGCUUGGCAGACAUUAAAAAAAUACAAUCCAGGUCACAGCUGAUUGAAUUUCUCCUCUCUCAAGAGGACCAGAAUUGGGCUGAGGAGAUUCUCCUGUACAUUAAGGUAUCGUGUUCCCUGCUAAAAUAUAGCAGUGGCAUUUCAUUGCCAAAGGAUAAUCACAGAGUGCCAAACAUUUAAUGAGCCCAACUGAUCUCCUGAGAGUUCCUUUUUCCAUUUUAUCUGCUUCCCCCUGCUUGCCAAUUUAUGGGCACAGAUUAAAAAUAAUAAAUAUGGCUGUCAACAAGGGGGGAAAUAUCCUGUGAGCAUACAAAUGGAGUCAGUGGAACAGUAAAUUGGAGGCAUUUUGGUUUUGUUGGAGAUAUUAAUGGAAGGUUGUCAUCCUUGAGGUCCAUCAGGAACCUCUUGGACAUCCCAGGUUCACCUGAAAAGGGAUUUUUCUGAUGGUACAGCAGGUGUGAAGGCUGGUCCUGCUCAGGUUUCUGGAGGUUGGAGAGGUCCUGCAGUGUUCAGUCUCCUGAUUUAGUGACCACUGGAGCUGGUGGUGCUGGUGGCUCUUAGAGGAUCAGAGUCCUUCAGGAAGAAUGGAUUAGGGAGUUUCUAAUUUCUAAUUUCUGAUUUCUAAUUUCUAAUUUCUGAUUUCUGAUUUCUAAUUUCCCACCUGGGGAAGAGACCUAGAGAGGAGCAAUCAUCCCACUCUUGCUUUUCAGCUGCUUCAUUUUGGGAAGUUUUUAAUCCAGAGACAAACUUAAGGCUGAGCUUGGCUUCUUCAGAGAGCUCCUUCCACAGAAGAGCUCUCAAAUUUCCUCCCAGCAACUUUUCCAUCUCCCCCUCCCUCUGCAGACACCCAACAGCCUGAACAGAAGCUUUGCAGACUCCCCUGAGCCUGAAUUAACACCUCAGCUUUAAUGACACCUGGAAGAUUUGCUUGGAGGGGGGCAGGUUGCAGCACUGGGGGUGGCAUUUUGGAGGGUGCAUUCCAGAGGUGCACAGCUGGAACUGACCACAGGAACUCCCUGUGGCCAUGGGAAGCUCUCCCCACCGUGGGAUGCUGGCAAGGGGAGCCCAGGCUGUUCCUUUCACCAAGAUUCCCGUUUUUUCCCUUUAAUAGUAGUUGUUUAGGGGUAAGGUUUUCUCAGCUGGAAUGUCACUUUACAGAUAUUAAAAAAAAAAUAAAAUAAAAUAAAAUAAAAUAAAAGUAAGGGCAAGGAGUCUGUCCUGAGGAGUUUACAGUCUACAGCAAAGACCAUGUAACCUGCACUGCACUUUAGAAGCCUCAAACUCUCACUCACCCAUAAAUUCCCCCUCGAGGGUGCUGUCCCCUCCUUAGGUGACCCUGAGCCAGGACCCUCCUGCCCCUGCACUCCCCCUCUCAGAAGUGCCUGAGCCAAGAACAGCAGAGCCAAGCCAGGCUGGGUUUGUCCCUGGGCAGCUCCCUGUGCCCUGGGGGCAGCCUGGGAUGAGCAGGAUGGGGUGGGAAAGGUGCCUGGGAGCAUCACUGCAGCCCCCAAUUCAAUGACAUCCUCAUUCUCACUUACAACCCAAACCUGGACUUGCAAGUAGUUCAAUACUUCUGAGAUUUUUUUUUUUUUUUUUUUUUUUUUUCAUAAAUCUGAUUUUUGUUGCACAAACCCCAGGUUUUCUAAGCUCACUCUCUCAAGCUCCACCUCCUCUGGGUGAAAAACGUGCCUGUAUUUUGCUGGUGGAGGGAAUUAAAAAAAAAACCAAAAACAACCUAACCCCACAAUUAAGAAUUUCAGGGAGGAGAUGUUUGCUCCAAAGCCUUCACAGGGUGGGACAAUUGGAUGUCCCCAAGGGAGAUUUUCAGCCCAGUGGUAAUUCCAGCACUCAGUAGAAGGUUAAGAGUGCAGAGAGGAGAAAAUAAAGCAGAAAGGAACCAGCCCAACAUUUUAGGUUGGUUAUGCUCACAUCAACCUGCACAGGUGAAAAUUUCAGUCAGGUCAAACCCUGUGCAGAGCCACAAAGGGCAGUGAGGGGGAUAAAUCCCCCUCUCAAAUAAAAUAAAAAUAAAAUGUGCUGCAGAACAGACACCUGGGAGGGAAGGAUGUGAACUCCCAGCUUUGUUUCAAUAAUUAAAGGCAGCAGCUCCUCUGGACCAUUCAUGAUCCACACACUUUAGUGAGUAAACCAUUAAUUAAGGUGGACAAUUUAAAAUUUGCCCUUUGAUUUGGGGUAGCUCAGUUGAGAAAUCUAAAACUAUUUAAAAAAAAAAUCUAAAAAUAAGCAAACAAACAAAAAAUAAAACUAAAAAGCAAACAAACAACUCAGAUGUGAUUUCCAGGAGGAUAAAAUUGUUCCCUUUCCUUCUCUCAGACCUCGAGGGAAGAUCAGACACAACAACAAUUCCCAGUAACAGAGUGAAGCUGGUGCCACCAGAACUUAAAAAAAAUCCCAGAAAACUGAUUUUUAAAGGAAAACAAUAAUCACAUCACCCCCAGUGCAGCAAGGAGAGGGACUCCUGCCACCAAAGGAGGAGCUUUUGUCCCCUCCCCAGCUCAAGUGUUUCAAAUCCCUUUGAUUUUCACCUCCUCCUGGUGCUCAGCUGGGAUUGCUGGCUCCAUGGAAAAUCACUUCUUGCCAUGGAAAAACCACAGAAGUGUUAAAGAGGAAGAGGACAUUCCUGUGAUGCUCAUGGAGAGCUGGUGAUUCCCUGCUGGCAGCAGGAGCAGCUUUGGCAGAGCUCUGCCAGGUCUCCAAAAUUCAGAGUCAUGAUCAGCAUCACCCCCUGCACUUCUCCCCCUCCAAAUUUAAUUUUACACUGAGGUGUUUCAGCUCUGUAGCUCUGAUCAGUUUUCCACAAUGGGGCUGCUCUUCCUGAUGGUUUUUUUUUGGUUUUUUUUGUCUUGGAUCAGAGCAGAUCAGGCAAAGAAAGCAAAUCACAGAAUCCCAGAAUUGUUUGGAUUUCCAAACAAAAUAACUUCCAUCUUGCCCCAAAUCCCACCCAACCUGCUCAAAUCCCCACAUUUAAAAAAAACCAACACUUUUCUUCAAAAUACAUUUUCAGGAUCUUUUGGAGCUGAUGGUUCCUCACCUUAAUUUUGGGGCUUGUUGGGGGGUCUGGGGCAUGGUGUGAGUUUGGGGUGAGCUCCUCCCCUCUGCCCUGUCACAGGGAGGGUUUGGAUCCAGAAUUCCUGCUGGGAUCACCACGGGGCCAGAGCAGCUCCUGGUGCCACAAGUGCCUUUCCUGGGGGUCCCUGCCAGGGGUGGGAGGUGUUGCUGUGCUGGGGAUGGGCAGAGCUGGAUCCUCUGGGAUCCAGUUCUCACUCCAGCCUUGGCCAAGGAAAGCUGCUCCAGCAGCCUGGGGGCACAGGAACAGUCCCCAGAGGGCAUGGGGGGUGUGGGGAGGGGACAAACCCACUUUGCUGUGGGUUGUUGUCACUUAGGAGAGCCUUCCUCCUCCUCCUCCUCCUCCUCCUCCUCCUGCUCCCACUGUCCCAGCCCAGCUGCUGCAGCAGGACAGGAGCCAUCCCAUCCCAUCCCAUCCCAUCCCAUCCCAUCCCAUCCCAUCCCAUCCCAUCCCAUCCCAUCCCAUCCCAUCCCAUCCCAUCCCAUCCCAUCCCAUCCCAUCCCAUCCCAUCCCAUCCCAUCCCUGUAUCCUCCCAGUAUCCCAUUAUCCCAUCCCUGUAUCCCAUCCCAUCCCAUCCCAUCCCAUCCCAGUAUCCCAUCCCAGUAUCCCAUUAUCCCAUCCCAAUAUCCCAUCCCAUCCCAUCCCAUCCCAUCCCAACCAUCCCAUCCAUCCCAUCCCAACCAUCCCAUCCCAUCCCUGUAUCCCAUCCCUGUAUCCCAUCCCAUCCCAUCCCAUCCCAUCCCAUCCCAUCCCAUCCCAUCCCAUCACAUCCCAUCCCAGUAUCCCAUCCCAGUAUCCCAUCCCAGUAUCCCAUCCCAUCCCAUCCCAUCCCAUCCCAUCCCAUCCCAUCCCAUCAUCCCCUCCCAUCCCAUCCCAUCCCAUCCCAUCCCAGUUUUCCCUCCUCUUUGGAGCCAGCAGGAGCUCUGGCACCUCUGGGACAGGCCAGGUGCUGCAGGAGAGUUAUUUUGGAGAGAACUGAAGGCAGGUGGGGAUCAUCCCCCAAAUUUCCCCCAGAUUUCUCUGCACCACCCCAGCUCUGAGCUCGGGAGCACAGGGGCACCAAUGCUCCCAAAGCUGAGCUCUGGUGGGCAUUUCAAAAGCAGAUUUCUCCCCUUUUGGCAGCAGGUGAUGACACCCAGAGCCUGGAGCAGGGUGCUCCUUGUGGAGGUUGGCCCCAGCCCUGCAGGGGUGGCACAGAGGGGACAAGGACACCUCAGCCACAGCCCCAGUGCUCCUGCCAAAAGCUCAGCAGAAAGAAUUGCUCUGUCUCCUUUGAUCUGCCAGCUGGUGGGAGACAGGCACCUUCCCAAGGGAGCAUCACCCCCUCCAGGCCAUGAGAGACCCCCAUGAGCACAAAGCUGGGCUCAGGAAGGAGAAUUCCCUGUCUGCUGGGCUCUGUACCCAUGUGCACUUAGUCAGUAGGUGAGCAGAUGCUGCUGCCCGUGUCUAUCUCCCCUGCCCAGUUGCUACGUGUGAACGAGUGUAUUUCUCCCCAGUGUUGUGGGUUCUGCCUGUGGUGACACGAGGAUGGGAAGUGGUGGCAGCUGGAGCUUCCCUCUGUGCAGGGCAGGGAGGAAAACCUGGAUCCAUCCAAGGCACCGCUUGUAACUACAUUUGUUCAAGAAAUGUCAUCUUAACCCCCCCCAAACUGUUGACACUUUAUGCAUGUGCUAAUUAAAUUUUAAAAAGGAAAAGAAAAAAUAAAAAAAAAAAAAAA